CGAUAGUUGCGAUAGCCCAGCGAUAACAGUUCGGCAGGCUUCUUUUCUGGAAAAAAUUUGGCAAUUUACAUUUACAACUUGCAAAUAGCCAGAGCCAGGUUUGCAAUGUCCGAAAAUAAUGAAGCGUCAGUCGAAACUAACUGUUUCCGAGGUGGCUUCACCCUGAAGGCUUCGCGCCUGGGCGGUGCCGUCCUGCGUCCGGCGGUGCUGGCCAACAGCAGCGCCACCGCCAACAAUAGCUCCACAUCGGACGAAGGAGCCCUGCUGAACAAUCCCUUUCUGCGCGAGGCCAAGGACGAGGAGGACGACGAGGAUGUGGUGGCCACCGCCGAGUCAUCCGGCGACAAGGACAAGAACGAUGACGAGGAGGUGGAUGAGCGGCCGGAUCCGCUGACCAAGCUGCGCAGCAACGGCAUCGAGCGCUCCAGCAUGUUUGCCUCCGCCAAGAACACCAUGCCCCAUGUCCAGAGCAGCGGCUUCGUCUUCGGCCAGAAUGUCCAUGAGCGCGUGGUGGCCCCCAAUCCAGAGCAGGCCACCGCUGCCGGCGAGCCCGAUGCCGAGGCGGCUGGCAGCUCGGGAUCGGGCUCUGCCCAGGAGGCCGCUUCCUCCUCCACCGCCGCCUCCUCAUCGUCGUCGCUGCUCUUCUCCAGCGUCAUCCAGAACGCUGCCCAGACCACAGAGACCAGCGAGGCCGCUGCCUCCUCGUCCACCUGCAGCAGCAGCGGCAGCUUCAGCAACAACAACAAGGAGUCCGCCGAGGCCAAGAGCCUGACGGACGUGGCCCGCGAGUACGAGGAGAGCCGCGCCCAGAAGCGCAAGUACGAGGAGGUGGAGACCUUCACCGGCGAGGAGGACGAGAUCAAUAUCAUCGACGUCAGCUGCAAGCUGUUCGCCUUCCUCAACAGCAACUGGGAGGAGCGCGGACGGGGCAGUUUGCGCCUGAACGACGCCAAGGACGGCAAGGGCAGCUCGCGCGUCGUGUUCCGCACGUCCGGCAAUCUGCGCCUGCUGCUCAACACCAAAGUCUAUGCCGCCAUGGUGGCGGAGCGGGCUAGCCAGAAGUCGCUGCGCCUCACGGCCAUCGACAACUCGGGCGUGGUCAAGAUCUUCCUGGCCAUGGGCCGGCCGGCGGACAUUGCCCAGCUGCACAAGGCGCUCGGCGAGCGGAUUGCCAAGCGCAAGGUCUCGCAUCCCGAGGAGUGCGCCGUGGAGGAGACGAAAAACGGCGUGGCCUCGGAGGCUGCGGCCAGCCUGCAGCCGGAGUCGACGACCCACGAUGAUGAGGACGAGGAUGCCGGGCCGUCGGGUGCCAUUGCCGCCGAGGCGGAUAGCUACGGACAGCCGAGUCCCAAGAAGGUGCUCGUCCAGCCAGACAGCAGCGCCGAUGUCAGUGUGCCGCCCGUGGACGAAGGCGGCGAGGAUGCCGAGGCCGAGGCCAAGGAGUCCACCGAUCAGAAUUAACCGCCGCCGCCGCUCGCUCUUGUUCUUUUUUAUACGAUUCAUACAUGGAGAAAGAAAUACAAAACACACACACACAACAACCCAACCACUAAUUAAUAAAACGCGCCGUGAAUUAUUAUAAAUUAAUUAUAAUAAUUUAUUAAUAAUUAUUAUUAUUAAAAGUAAAAUAAAUGAAGUGCUGAUUUGUAAACCCGUGAGCAGCGUCUACAAAAGACAUUUAUCCAUUA